AUGGGAGCAAAAUCAAAGAUUAAAAAGUUGUUCGGGUUUGGAAAGAAAGGUGCUAGUUCUUCUAGGGAUGAUACACAAGUUUCACAAGUUUCAUCGGAGGACGGCGACUAUGAAACCAGGGAUCAACGAGUAAUAUGCGCUUAUCCAACACCUCAUAUUCAAAGCUCUACACAUAUUCAUAGAGAAGAAACAGGGAUAGUAUAUGCAUAUUCCCCUCCUCAAGAAGGAAACCCUCAAGGAAUGGACUCUUCGUACAAUCCCUAUCUUGAUCCAUACUAUGCUCAAGAAAGAGCUUCUUCAUACUAUCCUCAACCAAACUAUCCUCAAGGAGGAAGCUCUUCAUACUAUCCCCAUGAAGGAACGUCAUCAUACAAUCCUCAACCAUACUAUCCUCAAGGUGGAAGCUCUUCGUACUAUCCUCAAGAAGGAAGCUCUUCGUACUAUCCUCAAGAAGGAAGCUCUUCGUAUGGAAACUAUCAUCAAGAAGGAAGCUAUCCUCAAGAUGGAAGCUCUUCGUAUGGAAGCUAUCCUCAAGAUGGAAGCUCUUCGUAUGGAAACUAUCCUCAAGAUGGAAACUAUCCUCAAGAUGGAAGCUAUCCUCAAGAUGGAAGCUCUUCAUACUAUCCUUACCAAGGAACUUCUUCAAACUAUGGAACCUCUUCACACGAUGAAAACACAAAUGGUUGUUCCAUCAUGUGA